CCUGCCGCGCCUCUGUCUCGCUGCCGGCCACUGCGAGCAUGUCCAGGUAUGGCUUGUGACGUCUCAGGGCGGCCGCAAGCUGCAGGGCGACAUCUCCUUUGGCCGUUAGUGUCCUGAUCUUCCGGAAUCGCACGUCAAAGGGAGCCACAGGGGCUGCCCAGCCUCCUCGGUCUGCAGUGAGUCGAGCGCCAGCUCCUUGGGCAUCCUCCAUGCGAGAAUGUCCGCCAGCUGCAGCUUGUCAAGGUUCGGCCGGACCUUGCGCAGCAGCACCCUGGCCAACCCCCAGCCCGAUGCGACCCUUCACAGACCUCUCACCGGCUCCAGUCCAAUGGGACUGAGUGCCUCGAGCUUGGAAGGUUUAGGUGGAUCGGUGUCGGCUGAGGGGCUCCAGCCGUCCGCACACUCGAUGGCGAUGCUGCAGCCCCCAGGCGGCAACCACCAUGAGAAGCGCAGCUCACCGACCAGGCUGUCCGCGAUCGGGCGGUUCUGUUCACAUAUCCAUCCACCCAUCCCUCCAUCCAUGUGUUGUGUGGCGGUGUGUGCAUUUAUGUCUCACCUGGGGGCGGGCCAUCUGGUCCUGCAUGGCCGUCCACACAUAGCGGUAUCUGACGGGCCUCAUUCCCUGGACCUCGAAGCACAGAAGGUUGUUGUCCAAGACGUCAAGUCGCAGAUUGCAAGUGUCCAGCAGCGCACUGAGGAGGGGCAGGCCGCAGGCUGGCAGCUCGCCUAAGUCGCACCGUGUGUGUGACAGC